CCUAAACCUAGUGAUUCGCAUCUGGGCGGGUUUGCUAGUCUCGGCAGCCCAAAACCCUGCCCUCUUCCUUCUUCCCCCUCUCGCCCCAUUCUCGUUGCAGCCCUGCGAAGAAGAGCGAGGAGAAAAGCUACGAGACGAAUCCAUCCUCUACCUCACGAUUUCUUUGGGCAAAAACAGCGAUGGCCGCGGUGGCUCCCUAAUGGAAAGCGUUUUCCCUCGUCCACUUGUCUUAUCGAGCUCAUGUUCUUGGAACUUAAUGGGUGUAACAGGUUAGUAGAUUUGCUUUUGUUCAAGGAUAAUUGCCACUCAAAUCAGGAAUCACAGAAGAGAAUGACUAGCAAUCCACAAUCUUCAGGGGCACAGCCCCUUAGACCUCCAGUAGUGGGUUCUGCUGGUCCACCACCAAAUUUUGGUGCCUCCAUGCCUGUACAAUAUAGGACAAUGGUUCCAGCCCCACAAUUUGUCCCAGCUGCCUCUCAGCAAUUUAGGCCUGUCCCCCAAGGAAUGCCAGCGCCAAAUAUUUCCAUGCCUGCUGGUCAAACUCAAAUGCCUCAUUUUUCUCAAUCAACACAGCAAUUGCCUCCAAUGUCAGGCCAACCGGGUCAAGUGCCACCAUCAUCCCAAGCAAUUCCAAUGCCAUAUGUUCAAGCAAGUAGACCUAUCUCAUCUGGGCCGUUGCCACCUCAACAAAAUGCUCAAGUGCCAAACAAUGUGCCUAAUCUUCCAGGUGCAGCAAUGCCCCUUUCUUCAUCAUACACGUUUGCAACAUCUUAUGUUCAGGCACCAAAUACCAUAAAUGCUCCAGUUCAGUAUCAACCAGCAACACAGGUGACCCCUUCGAGGACACAAACCUGGGCAACACCUGGAACUCAGAGUGUACCUCUUGUUGCACCUUUGCAUCAGACUGCCCAACAACCUUUGGCUACCUCUGUGACUGUUCCAGCACAAACUGUACAAUCAAAUUCUACAGAACAGAGCUCUUCUGACUGGCAAGAGCACACUGCUGCUGAUGGAAAAAGAUACUAUUAUAAUAAGAAGACUAGGCAAUCUGUCUGGGAGAAACCCCUUGAAUUGAUGACGCCUAUUGAGAGGGCAGAUGCAUCCACUGACUGGAAGGAGUUUACUACCUCAGACGGUCGAAAAUAUUACUAUAACAAGGCCACAAAGCAAUCCAAAUGGACAAUUCCUGAUGAUCUUAAGCUAGCCCGAGAGCAGGCAGAGAACACUGCUGCUAAUCUGACAUCAAAUGAGACUGAAACAACUGCAACUGUUACUUCAACAGUUCAUUCUGCUGAGAUUUCUUCUUCCAAUCCUGUGGCUUCUGCUGUGCCCUUGGUCUCAUCUAAUUCAACGCAAUUGCCAACUAAUUAUGGUGUACAACCAAAUGUUAUGGCAUUAACACCUACAUCUGUAGCAGUUGCAACAAAUUCUGGUAUGACUUCUAGUUCUGUUGGGACAGAACACACAAGCUUGCAAUCUGGAAUUCCUCAACCUCCUCCUGUGAGGGAUCAAUUUUCUAAUGCUGGCGUUGAUGAUACCAUCACUGAAAUUAGGAGUAAUCAGAAUAAAUCACCCUCGACACACAUUGCUAGCUUACCUGAUGGGACUUCUCAGGAUCUUGAGGAAGACAAAAAAACCAUGCCAACUGUUGAGAAAUCGGGCACUCCAACUGAAGAUAAAGAAGUUGAUGAAGAACCCUUGGUUUAUGCUAAUAAGCUGGAGGCAAAAAAUGCUUUCAAGGCUUUACUUGAAUCUGUCAACGUUGAGUCUGAUUGGACAUGGGAGCAGGCAAUGAGGAUUAUCAUCAACGACAAAAGAUACAGUGCUUUGAAAACUCUUGGAGAAAGAAAACAAGCAUUUAAUGAGUAUUUGGGUCAAAGGAAAAAACAAGAGGCUGAGGAGAAGCGGAUCAAACAGAAGAAAGCACGGGAAGAUUUUACAAGAAUGUUAGAAGAAUGCAAGGAACUGACAUCACAGACUCGAUGGGGAAAGGCUAUAUCCAUGUUUGAGGAUGAUGAACGUUUCAGUGCUGUUGAGCGUCCAAGAGAGCGUGAGGAUCUAUUUGAAAGUUAUUUAGUGGAGCUUCAAAAGAAGGAAAGGAUAAAGGCUGCUGAGGAGCAUAAAAGAAAUAUAAUGGAAUACAGAGCAUUUCUUGAAUCCUCUGACUUUAUAAAGGCAAACAGCCAGUGGAGAAAAGUCCAAGACCGUUUGGAGGAUGACGAAAGAUGCUCUCGACUAGAAAAGCUUGACCGGUUGGAAAUUUUUCAGGAAUAUAUUCAUGAUUUAGAGAAAGAGGAGGAGGAGCAAAGGAAGAUACAAAAGGAACAAUUACGGCGUGUGGAACGUAAGAACCGUGAUGAGUUCCGUAGGUUGAUGGAAGAACAUAUUGCUGCUGGAAUUCUUACUGCCAAAACACAUUGGCGUGAUUAUUGUGCACAGGUUAAAGAUUCAGCACCUUACUUAGCAGUGGCAUCAAACUCAUCUGGUUCAACCCCAAAAGACCUUUUUGAAGAUGUUUUUGAGGAACUUCAGAAGCAGUAUCACGAAGAGAAAAUUCAAAUUAAGGAUGCAAUGAAGAUUGGAAAAAUUACUUUGACUUUGUCAUGGACAUUCGAGGACUUCAAAAAUAGUAUUGCAGAUAUUGAUAUCCAGAAAGGAGUAUCUGAGAUAAGCUUGAAACUCGUUUAUGAUGAAUUACUCGAAAGGCUUAGGGAGAAAGAGGAAAAAGAGGCUAAAAAGCGCCAACGUCUUGCAGAUAAUUUCUCUGAUCUGUUAUAUUCAAUCAAGGAAAUUUCUGCAUCUUCCAAGUGGGAGGAGUGCAUAUCACUGUUUGAAGAGAGCCAGGAUUAUAAGUCAAUUUGUGAUGACAAUUUUGCAAAAGAGAUUUUUGAGGGCCAUAUUGCUCAUUUGCAAGAAAAACUGAAAGAAAAAGAGCGCAGGAGGGAAGAAGAAAAGGCAAAAAAGGAAAAAGAAAGAGAAGAGAAAGAGAGAAGGAAGGAGAAAGAGAGAAAGGAGAAAGACAGAGAACGUGAAAAGGAAAAGGGAAAAGACCGAGUUCGAAAAGAAGAAACAGAAAGUGACAUUGUGGAUGUGAUGGAUCGAGAUGGUACGAAGGAUCGGAAACGGGAUAAAGACAAAGAAAAGAAGCACAGGAAGCGCCAUCACAGCACAACAGAUGAUUUAAGCUCUGAUAAGGAUGAGAAAGAGGAGUCUAAGAAGUCCAGGAGGUACAGCAGUAGUGACCGAAAGAAAUCUCGGAAGCAUUCAUAUGGUACUGAUUCUGACACUGAAAAUCGGCACAAAAGGCAUAAGAAAGAUAGAGAUGGAACUCGUAGAAAUGGUGGUUAUGAGGAACUAGAAGAUGGAGAACUUGGAGAGGAUGGGGAAAUUCGUUAGUCCUUUUUACACUUGCUCUUCUAGUUCUAAUUCUGUUUCUUGUUUUCACGUCAAUCUUGAUGAAGUUUGCUAGGAUACUAGUCUGUGGAGAGCUCUAUCUUUACUAAAUGUUACCAAAAGCUGUACCCCCCUUAAUAUUUGGCACAUGAGUGCAUGUAGUAUGCAAGAUUUACUUGUGUAGAUUCCUUGUUCUGCUAAAUUGUUGUCAUUGAUGAAUUUAUCCAUAAUGUAAUUGUUUUCUCAUACUGUU